AUGGAGGCUGAUCAUAUUGAUGAGAUUGACGACGUAGAGGAAGAGGAAGAGGAGGUGGAAGAUGGAGCGGAGCAGGAUGAGACCUAUCCCGACAAGAUUUACUUCGGCGGUGAGCGGCAAGUGAUCGACAUGGCUUUCCACCCCUCCGAUGACGUACUCGGUGCAGGCAUCAUCGAUGGCAGCAUUGAAAUCUUCCGCUACGUGCCCAAUGAGGCCCCGACGAAGCUGCUACAGGUCAAGAACCACAAGAAGUCGUGCCGUUGCAUCAGAUUCUCACACGAUGGCCAGUGUACGCUCUCCAUCCACCUGGCCUUUACCCACGCGCUGACGUGCAUGGCCGUGCACGAGCACCUGGUGGCGACCGGAGAUGAGGAGGGAGGCGUCAAGCUGUGGGAUCUCCGACAGACCAAGCAGCUCUUCUCCUGGCAGGAGAACGACGACUUCAUCAGCGAGCUCGCCAUCGUGCCCAACAAGAACAUGAUCCUCGCCCCGAGUGGCGAUGGAACGCUCUCGGUUUUCCACAUGCGCAAGGCGGGCCUCGAGUCUCAGUCAGACAACAUGGAGGACGAGCUCUUGUCCGUGGCUGUGCUCAAGAACGGAAGCAAGGUGGUGUGCGGGUCGCAGGACGGCGUCCUGGACAUCUGGUCGUGGGGCCAGUGGGGCGACAUCAGCGAUCGCUUCCCGGGCCACCCGCAAUCGAUCGACGCCAUCAUCGCCAUCGAUGACGAUACCAUCCUCACCGGCUCUUCCGACGGUCUCAUCCGUGUGGUGGGCAUUCACCCCAACAAGAUGCUGGGCAUCGUGGGCGAACACGGCGAGCUGCCAAUCGAGUGCAUGGCGCUGUCGCACGACAGCCGGUUCCUCACGACCAGCUCGCACGACUACUGCAUUAAGUUCUGGAACGUGUCGUACCUCUUUGAGGAUGACGAUGACGAGGAGGAAGAGGACGCGGAGGAGGGUGGAGAAGGCGAGAUGGAAGAGGAGGACGAAAUGGAAACGGAGACCAAGGCCAGCGCCAGCAAGAAGAAGGGCAAGAAGGGCAGCAAGAAGAGCUUCUUCUCCGGCCUCAAGUAA